UCGGCUCUGGCAUUACGCCUCGCGGAAAAUAGGAGAGUGUUCUCCUGAAACUUUCAUACGCGCGGUUGAUACAUACUCGUCGCUCGGCAGUUUAAAAACAAAAACUGUCUAUUAAGAUUUUUCUCUGUGAUCAUUAAUUUCCAAAACUACUUUAUAUUCCACUGUAGUAAUUUUACAAUAAGUGUAAAUUAAUGGAAUGACUGCAGAUUUGUUGUAAGAGAAAGUUAAUUAAGUGUCAAUUUUAAAUUAGUUUAUAGUGUUAUAAAAGCAAGUGUUAGUGGUAACUUUGUGCAGUGUACAUUAUCCAAGUUUACUGAAACAAUUUCGAUAUAAAACUAGCAAGGUUAAAAAAUCAGUAAAUGCGCAAUGUCAACUUUGGAAGCGGGGACAAGCAUGUUAAUCGUUUUACAAACAAAAUGUAAGGAGGUUGUCGUGCUGUAUGCUCCUUGUAUGCCUAGCCGUUAGCACGGCAAGCAAAGACCUCGUCGGAUAAAGAAUACGGGGAAAAGAUAAACCACUGCUCACUACAAGCCGCCAAAAAUGGAAACCAGCACAACGAGUUCCACACAAGAAGAUGAUCCGGAGUGGGCUAAAAAUGCAACAAUAAAUGAAUACCUAGGGCACAAUGUUACAAAUGAUACAUUCGACACGCUGUACGAUGUGCCGACGGGUAUGAUUGUACUGCUAUCGUUUUUGUAUGGCUCAAUAUCCGUGCUGGCAGUCGUCGGCAAUUUCCUCGUCAUGUGGAUAGUGGCGACCUCACGUCGAAUGCAGAGUGUUACAAACUGUUAUAUAGCUAAUUUAGCCCUAGCUGAUAUUGUUAUAGGAUUAUUUGCUGUACCAUUCCAAUUCCAAGCCGCGUUGCUUCAGCGGUGGCUGCUCCCGCAUUUCAUGUGCGCCUUUUGCCCGUUCGUGCAAGCUUUGAGCGUGAACGUCAGUGUGUUCACUUUGACUGCGAUCGCUGUGGACCGACACCGAGCCAUAAUCACACCGCUCAGCGCGCACACAUCAAAGCGUAUCGCUAAGGUUGUCAUAGUAUUUAUAUGGGGUUUGGCAUUAUCACUCGCCGCACCCAUGGCUAUAUCAUGGGAAGUUAACAUGGUAGAAGCACAGGACCCAGUUUCCAAGCUGGUUCACGAGAAACCGUUUUGCGAGCCAACGGAGUUCGGAUCUCAUUCUUUAGCAAUUUAUAGACUGUUAUUGUAUAUUUUCCAAUAUAUCAUUCCACUAUGUGUGAUAACAUUUGCCUACGCCCACAUGGCCAUGAAACUGUGGGGUGCGCGGGCGCCAGGCAACGCUCAAGAAACAAGGGAUGCCAACCAGAUGAAGAAUAAGAAGAAGGUAAUAAAAAUGCUAGUUCUGGUGGUAGCACUGUUCGCGCUCUGCUGGCUUCCUUUACAAAGCUAUUUGCUGCUUCAGUCGUUCUUCCCUACUAUAAACGAGUACAGGUAUAUUAACGUGAUCUUUUUCUGUUUCGAUUGGCUGGCAAUGAGCAACUCGUGCUAUAACCCAUUUAUCUACGCUAUAUACAAUGAAAAGUUCAAAAAGGAGUUCAAGCAACGCUUUACUUUCAGGCAAAAACGAAACAGGUUUUCCAAUGACAGUUAUGAGGACGGUCAGUCAUACAGGACCCGCGUUCUAUCCAUACGGUCAACAAAUGAAAGAAGUGUAUACUCAACGAGAAAAUCAAUAAACAUCACUCCAGUGGACUCGUUGAAGGUUUCAAGAAAUUCCUGCCACUGUGUGAGAAAUCAAAAUAGGGACGCGGAUAGAGAAAGUUUUUAUAGGUCGAGAAAAACGAUGUCGAAUGAUGAAUUCGGAUCCUUCCGAAAUGGUGCCCGUUUACAAGAAAUGUCUGGGAGAAAAUCAAUGUCGAAUAGGUUCCGUGAAAAUGAUUUACCCAUCGGCGAUGAAAGAGUUAGUGAAUUAUACAUUUUUCCAAAUAGUAGUAUAGUAGAAUUUACAGAUGUUCUAUGUGAUAAUAAAGUGUGAAAUUUAUUUAAGACUAAUAAUAGUAAGUAUUUAUUAUAAGUAUUUAUUAAAAUGUCAACUAUGCUGUAGAGUCUAAAAUAUAUUCAAAUCUAUGAAACA